AAGCAACCUCUUUCUGUUUAAUUUUUAGUCCCCUUGAGCAGCAUUGGUGAUACAUUAUGGGCAGGAGAGAUCAAAACUGACACUGUUUUCUCCUUUUGUCUAAUUCUGACAGAGCAGGCUCCAGGCAGGGCUUCCUGCAUGGGAUUUCUGGCCUGUUUAUGUCAGGAGCUAGACAAGGUGAUCUUGAGGUUCUUCUAUCUUUAAGCUUCCAUUAGGAGAGGUGUCUAAAUUGGCAAUGGGCAGCUGGGCAGGUUUCAGUCCCAGGAAAUCCAUUUUGUAAUUAGCCAAAGGUGCAUUGCUGAGUCUGUGCUGCAUGCAGAGCCAGAACGGGUCUGGCUGUAGAUCAGCUCCAUGCCACACCUGUCCUGAAAACCUGCCUGUGAAUAAACGUAGCACAAAAUGCAUGAGAUGAGUCAAGAUGCUCCUAAGUGGAAGGUAUGUCCUGCAUUAAAAACUGGGCUCGUUUGUCAGCCUAAGAUCUCUUUCCCACUCUGUCUUGCCUGCCGCAGUGAAACAACUGGAAUGAUCUGCUCCAACUUUUUAGAAAUGUAAAGCUUAAUUGUUUAGAGCAUCAGAAAUUUUCCCUUGGUUAGGACCAAAUUCUACUGUUGUUCACAUCCUAAAUUCUCUUAACAUCAGCAUAUUCAGGGCAUUCAUCAUUUCUGCUCUGUACAAUUUGCACAGUACAAGGUAAUGAAGAGAUGGGCCUAAUGGGGCAACAGUUUUGCAAUGUAAUUCUGGUGGCUUAUCCUAAGGAGCAUAGCCAAUGCCUAGUGUCAGGCUGGUGGCAAAAAAAUGUCUGUGAAGGUGCAAUGGCCUUGAGAAGACAAGUUUCUACCUAAAUAUAGUUUUGACCCUUGGACUUUCCUGUUCAAGUAUUUCUGUAAUGCAAAUUAUGAAAAAAGGAUGUGGUUAGUCUUUCUCAGUAACUGCAAGCUGCACUCACUGAGAGCUGCCAACUCACUUGGCUAUCAAAAGUGUAGUCCCUUGGAGCACUGUCUUUCCCAGUCUGUUAUCCUUCCUGUGAAUCUAACUAGUGUAUUUUGAUGUAGAUAGUAAAAUGCCAAGAGUUAUAUUUUAGCCCUAAAACAGCCAUGAGAGGAUGCAAGUGCCUGGAGUAUCUUUCUUCUUGGCUCAACUAUUGACACCAGCGUGGUCACUGGAAGUCCACUUCUUCCAGCAGAUCUUCCACCACUAAUUAGAAGUAGAUUUGUGUCACUACUUCAAGGGAAACCUUGGGGUCAGCACAUUGCAAAGUGCUAGGUCUUACCACUCUGUCAAAUAUAGUCUUCCUGAUGAGACUGGAAACCAAAGGCCACAGUGCUCAGGGAGCAUGGUACAAACCGGUAACAUCACCUUCCAUGUUGAGAUGUGUUUUGAGUUACUACCUUGCAAUUGAGGCUUUGUGAUGUUUCUGUUGGACUGAGCAUGUGGGCCCAGAAUCGUGUUCUUGUGCGCGAUGACGACUCCCAUUUCUUGGAAGACUUGCUCAAUAAAGCCUCAGCUUCCCGUGACAUGCAGCAAACUUGCAGGAAGACUUUGUGUGGGAGGUGUCCCUAGGAUGAGCCUGACCCUUAUCUUGCCAGACAGCUGCAAGGGGAUUAUCUGAGAGCUCAGCUAUGCAGCUGCAAACACUCUUGCACUGGCUGGUCUGCCUUAAAGUCUUCCUCUUGUGUUGUAAAGCCAGCAAGAAAGCAACAAUUGAACUACUUUGAGUUUCCGGCUUCAAAUCCCAGACAAACCCCACCACUCACUCAAACAGAGGACACAUCUCCUGUGAAAGACUCUAAAUUCACUCAAUUUCAGUAACACAUCCUCAGAACAAACCAGCGAAAGACCAGGGCUGUGGUGUUGGUCCUAGAGUGCGUGGUGUCUACUUGCCUGGUCUCUACCUCAUCCAGUCUCACCAGGGGAGUGUUUGCAGGUGAAGAUGAACAGUGAAAUUCUUUUCUUGUCCCUCCUUGGCUUCCUUCCACUUGUGAUACCCACAUGCCCUGUGCCAUGCAAGUGUGCCAGCAACAUUAUUGACUGCACAUCAAAAGGCCUAACUGUAGAAAAACUACCAGCUGCUUUCCGUCCUUCAGCUGAAAUUAUCCACCUUGGUUACAACAGGCUCACCUCUAUUCCCAGUGGGCUCUUUGACAACCUAAACAGCCUCCAGGUAGUCUACCUGCAGGGCAACCCUUGGGAAUGCAACUGUGACAUCCUCUACUUGCGCUCCUGGCUCCAGUGGCAGCAGAACCGGACCUUAUACAGGGACGUGAGAUGCACCUCCCCAGCUCACCUGCAGGACCGAAUCAUUGCCUAUCUGACAGAAGACGAGAUCAACUCCACAUGCCAGUACUGGUACUGCAGCCUAGCUCUUGUCUCUCAGCUCUGUCUCUUCAUCCUCCUUUUCCUCCAGGGUAUCUUGGUUAUCUUCAUCAUUGUCUACCUGCAGAAAUUUCGGAGAAUGACAGCUGAAGCCCAGAGCACCACCCGAGAUCUACACCAGCAUGUAGAUACCUGGGUACCUUCUUCAAGAAGCCCCUACAACAGUGAUUAACAUCACAAGACCGAAAACCCUACCCCCCCUUGGGUGAUGCUAUGCCAGGUCAUGUGGUUUGUGAUAUCCAGAGGGGACAAUUCAGUGCAGCAUCUGAUUGUGACCAUAGUCCAAAGCAGGACUUGAACUGAUCAGACACUUGCUGUAUUUCCAAAGACCUGAUUUUGUGUUUUUUAAUGCUUUAAACUCUUUAGCAUGAUCUUGAUUGCUUUGCUGAGCUGGAAGUCAUUCUGCUUUGUUAGACUAGGGAAAUCAUAAACUGCAGCAACCAGAACUGACUCAAACUGUUCAUAAGCUCAUAGGUGCUACGGUGCUCAAUCCCUUCUAUGCUAGAGUAUUUCAGCCAUACCUUCCACAAUGCUUCUGGUUGCAUUGGGUCAGGUGGAGACAGAGGUGGAUAGUGAACAUUUAAGGUACUGAACUAGGACAGUGGAGAAAUACAGUUUCCUUGGUGCUAUGAUAGAUAGCCUUAGUAACUUCGGACAAGUCACUCAGUCUUCUCCUGCCUCAGUUUCCCAUCAGUAAAAGGGGAAGGAUGUUUCUUCUUGCCUGAUGAAUCUUUUCCAAUGUUCUUUGGGGUGUGUGUGGGGGAGGGGGCAGGUGGGAGGGAAUGUUUAGAAGCCUACCCGCUUUACUUUAUCUUCAUUUCUUUUAACCUACUUACAGUUUUAAUACUGACUUCAGCAUGUACUGAGUCAGACUGCGGCCCUGAACAUUUAUGAGAAAUUAAUCCUGAAGCCAAGAGUUAUCGAGACCAGAGGCUCUUUCUGACUAUUUCUGUGGUACAUGGCACAAGAGAUCUGGUCUUCUUUGGAGCCUCAAACUGCAAAACCCACUAAUGUUCCUACUGCUGGUUAUUAUGUCCCUUAAUUAUUUUUGGAACAAAGCAAAAUUGAAAUAAAACAAUGAUGCAUGAUGA